GCGUGCGGUAGCAGCCAGGCGCGCUUCAGCGGUCACGCGUCUCUUCAGAAGGUCAGCCAGGAAUUGUAAUGAGUGAGAACGCGAUCGCACCCCCCCCUCCUCCUCCCUGCGCAUGCUCUAAUGUUCCCGGUAGAGUAGAGGGGGAAGGAGGCGUCGCUGCGCGCGACGGCUUGCUGCAAGCGGACGUCACAGCAACCGGAUUCACGCGUGCUCGGAUGACAAGUCUACCGGAGUCUGCGUGCAUGAGCCCGCGUAACCAUUACCACUGUUCGCCGAAGAUUCCACGCGACCCUUUGUUUCCUUAGCCGGGCACAAAGUAAGCAGCCAAUCCGCGACAUAAUUUACAGUGAAACAUAGUUGAACACUUGAAAUAAGUAACGACGCUGCCGCGUGGCCCAUGUUGUGGUAUAAACUGGCUUGCGUUCUUCGUUAAAAUCGAUAUUUUCCGAGAUUGCGGUCUUCUGUUUGUAGGGAAGUUGCAGAAAUGUUUUCGGCGGCAAGUGUGCAUUCGUCGCUAGCCGCACCGCGCUUUGUACUGGCGGUCUUACUGUGCGCCUGGGCGACAACGCUUUGCCUCGGAGGCGCCGAAGCUAGUGCGAGUUCUUCGGAGACGAAGCGGUCCGAGGCGAGCUACGUGCAGAUGCUGAAGGAGUGGAUCGCCAACACCAUGGACCGAGCGCCGCCUACGCUCAUGCGCAAGCUCCUGGAAGCUGACGUGUCGACUGAAUGCAGCCUAGGUCUUCUCAAGAUGAUGCGAGGAGUCCGCAACCUGGAACCGUGGGCGCUGCGACUGAUUGACGCGUCCGGCAAGUACCCGACCGGAGCUUUCCAGUUGUCGCGAGCUGAUCUGGGCGCCUUCGACGAAUGCGUAGAGACCGUGCUCAUCAACGACUACGGUGAGGAGACGGUGCGUGGUCAAUACUGCAACUUGAUAGUUUACCCUGGCAACCAAACGGACCUGGACGACCUCAUCUCCUUGGCCCUGCAGUUUACGCAUACUCGGCUCGGCAAAUUCCAAAAAGGAAUUUACGAACUGAGGGUCCCGUUGCUCCACCUGGGCGUAUGCACGAUCAACAACUGCAACGAGAAGGAGCUACAGAAGCUGAUCGGAGCAGUGCUUCCUCCUGCCAUAGAUGUCACCAUCUCGAAUUGCGUGACGUCUUUGCCUCCCGCCUUGACAAAAGGGCAGGUUGCUAUUUUAUCGUUUCUUGGCAUUUUGGUGUUGUUGCUUGUGGUUGGAACACUUCUGGAUAUAUGCAGCCCUGCAGGCCAGGAUAUAAAAAGAAAGAACCAGAAUGUUUUUCUGUCUGCUGUGAAGUCAUUUUCUGUAGCGUCGAAUACAAAUUUGAUGCUUCACAUAGCUAAAGACAAAGGUUCAGAGGCCUACAGGCUGCGCUUUCUACACGGCAUCCGCUUCUUGAGCAUCAUCUGGGUUGCUGCUGGACACAGCUACGGUGCGACUUCGCAUGUGUGGUCAAGAAUGGCGAACUUGGCUAAGUAUGCUGAUGAAUGGCAAAGCAUGAUUGCAACAGCCGGAUUCAUAAGCGUCGACAGUUUCCUCUUUCUCAGUGGAUUUCUCCUAGCUGCAGUGGUAUGCAAGCAAAAAAGGACUGGAAUCGUCAUAUUCCUGUUUGCUGUAAUUCGAAGAUUGAUCAGAACCAUGGUUCCGGUGUUCUUUGUCCUCAUGUGCCUAUACCUACUGCCGCUCAUCACGUCCGGACCCAACGCAAAGGCCUACUUUGAGAGUGUGCACAAAGACUUCCGAAGACAGUGGCUGUUUCUGCUUCUACAAGUGCAAAACUACCACUUCGACAUUAACCCUGACACCCGCAUGUUUCCCCACUUGUGGUACCUAUCCGUAGAUUUCCAAUUAUUCCUUCUGAGCCUGGCGAUACUUCUGCUGCUGAAGAAUCGCCCUAAGAUUGCUGUCGCUAUAUUUGCACUGCUAUCGCUGGUAGGGUGUUCGAUUGCAACGUGGCAAGUGGCCGGUAACGACAUGACACCUUUCAUAGUCGUGGUGACAGAGUCGCUAUCAACAUUAUUGAGGACUGGUUACCGCUACUACUACCACCCGUUCUACCAUGCCGUGUGCUAUUUUUCCGGGUGCAUAACGUUUUUCUUGGUUGCAUGGUUCAGGGAAAGAAAGAUACCUAAGAUGUUCCAGAUAGCAGCCUGGCUUCUCGCCGUCGCAAGUGGGCUCACCUGCAUCUUCGUGAAGACAGCAUGGUACCGCACGAACGACCCCACUACCGAGUUCGGCAAACUAUGCAUGGCCUUUUUCGAUCGCAUCCUGUGGUCCAUUUUCCUCAUCUGGAUCACCCUCGCUUGUGCCACGGGAAGAGGAGGCUUCCUGUGCACGUUCCUGUCAUGGAGUGCAUUCACGCCCCUCAGCAGGCUGGCCUUCGGCGUGUACAUCGUCCACUUGCCCUUCGCACAGCUCACGAUGUACAUAUCGCGGGAACGGAUGCACUAUUCGCAUUUCGUCAUUGUUUCGUUCUUCUUCACCAUACUCGUUUGGAGCUUCCUACUCAGCUACUUCAUGUUCAUUUUCUGCGAGGCUCCAACGGGUAGACUGGACAAACUCAUCUUCGAGGCUCGACGUGCGACAAAAAAGAAGGAACUCAAGGACGAAGUUCCGAAUGCCAAUGAUGCUGAGGAAAUGAAGUCGCAAGUGGUCCCGACGUUACGAGAUUCCAAUGUCGUGCAGAACAGCAGCGGCACGGAGGUCUUAAAUGGUUCGCAUAACGAUAAGGGUAGGCCCACAAGCUCUCAUCUAUAACAUCAGUACCAGAGGCCGCUAAUUUCUGACAAGAGCUCUUAGUUUCCCAAAUCACCAAGUCUAUUCUAUACACGCUCUCUGGGCACAGCAAAGAUGCUUUGUUUUCCCAUCAUUGGACGCUGAAGGGCCUUCGAGGAAUGUGCCCUUGUCGAUGUAUCUGUAAGAUUGGCCUCCUGUAGUUUCUGUAUGUGAAAAGUGAUGAUGGUACUACAUGUGUCAGGGCAGUUUUAACAAUUUCAUUGUGAAUAACAAGCAAAAUAACUUACAUCUAUGAACGUACACUUCUCAUAUACAUGUUCGAUCGAGGUGUCGUGCUCCUCUUGUACCUUUAUCUCGAAGUUGGCUGAAUGCUCAAAUAUGGAAAUGAAGUGGCACACAAUGUUAAUUUUCUUGGCUCCUACGAUGUGUUAACUCUAUGCUGUCAUUUGGCGUUCUUCGUGAAGGUGUUCAGUGAAGCGCAAUCAGCGCACUGACACCGAGGUGUGUGUGUGUCCUGUUCGUCAUCUUUGUCCGUGUGCUGGUCGCGCUACAUUCAACGCAACUUAUGGCUCUGUGCGAUAGCUGUUUCAUCGGAGGAGGAGAAGGCAGGGAUGCUUCACAGGGUCUCUUUAGCGAAAGUGUCUGCGAAAGUGGUCAGUCAAUGUCGCCGGCUCCAGUCAACAUGGUGGGUAUACUCUAGAAGGCGUUGGCCAUGUGCAGCGUCCGUGCCUCCGGCUUGUGGUGGUGUUCGUUUACCCGACGUCGACGCAUACUACUCUUGGCUACUGUGUUGUUUACGCUAUACUUCUCGGCUCUCCAUUCACUUGGCCUGUGCUGUACGAAUAGUGGUCAAUCUACAGCUUGUUGCACCGUUAUCUGCUGAUCCCAUCCACUGCUUCACAAAAGAAAAGACCACUAACGUAACGUAUUUCUUGAGAUAUUUCUUACCCGCCAUGGUUGCUUAGUGGCUAUGGUGUUGGGCUGCUAAGCACGAGGCCGCAGGAUAGAAUCCUGGCAACGGCGGCCGCAUUUCAGUGGGGGCGAAAUCUGGAAACGCCAGCAUACUUACAUUUAGGCGCAGGUUAAAGAACCUCAUGUGGUCCAAAUUUCUGGAGUCCUCCACUACGGCGUGCCCGAUAAUCAGAUCGUGCUUUUGGUACGUAAAACCCCACAAUUUUUUUUAACAUACUUCUCUUUCUUUCUUUUUUUCUGCCACUUGUUUAUCUUCCCGCACUUUGGUCUGACAUGUUAGGAUUAGACAAAACCUGAAAAUGCGCUAGGGGACAGUUUGUGACGCUGUCAUAAGAGGAAAAACAAUAUCUCUGCAGCUUUACUGUAUCCCUGACGUUUGUGCGCUAGCUUUGGCUUAACAUGUGUUUACUUGCCUCCUCUAUAGGGGCAGAGUUUGAUCACUAGUAAGCGCCAGAAACACACGGCUCGUCGAGGACAGACGCGGGUAGCGUUCGUGCAAGCGCGCCACACGAGAUGCAAAAGAACGGCGCCAACAACUUUUCUUUUUUCGGUAUAAGUGUUCCGCAUCUGGUGCAACAUAGAACGCACGCUACUGCAAUGUCGUCCAUUUCUCGGUGUAUCUGUUCUCAAUUCCAUUUCAAGCGAGCAAAGAGCCCAUAGCUGCUAUCGUAGUAGAAUGCGCGUCAUUUUUGGAUUAGGCGACUUCCACACCAUUCAAGCGCUCAUAUGAAGGAAGGGAAUCAAGCUUGCAAUUUUCUCGCGGAUACAUCGAGAUCUUCUGGCCUUCGCUUCAUCAGCUGGUUUCCCACGCCUCCAAUCCAAGUUUGCCAAAAUCCCUCAAAGCACUUCUCUAUGCUGUCAACUCAUACGAAGUAAACAGCGUUGAAGGCUCCGUUGGCCUGGGCUUGACGGGGCGUAUUUUCCUCUGCUGCCAUUCAACUGCAGGUGACACGCCCUUGCCUUGCUCUGGACAUCACAAAAGCGAAAACACAUAAAAUUGCAGCUCUAUAGGUUCGAGUAGACCGUCUGACCUUCUGAAGGCGUUCAUUCACCACCGCGCCCGCACGUCUACACGACUCUCCUAUUGGGAAGGACGACGCAGAUAAUUACGCCCCCCUUCUUUUUUUUCAACACAGGCGGUUGGUAUUGAUGACUCCACUGCCACUCUCCGCUCUGUUGUACUGACUUCAGGCUUGCUCUCUGUAGAGCACGGAUGCCGCAAAUGGCGCUACAGGAACAAAGUGUUACCGCAGCGUUGAAAACUGUCGCUUGAUGGUCGUUUUGAAGGUGCGUGGCAAAGGUAUAGCCCUGAGACAAAGAUAUAUGUAAAGUUAAAUUCCAAGCGAAUCGCUUCGCCAUUCGCCUCACCGGUACCUUAUCGCUUACUAUAUUUAAACUAGUCGUGCAAGAUUUGAAGUCUUCUUUUAAUCAUACACUACAGUCGCCAGACCCGUCCUCACAUAAGAAGAGUUCUCACACGAAGAAUGAUAGGCGUAACGUUAAGAGACAGGAAGAGAGCGGUGUGGAUCAGAGAGCACACGGGGAUAGCCGAUAUUCUAACUGACAUUAAGGGAAAGAAAUCGAGCUGGGCAGGUCAUGUAAUGUGUAGGUUAGAUAACCGGUGGACCAUUAGGGUUACAGAACGGGCACCAAGAGAAGAAAAACGAUGUCGAGGACGGCAGAACACUAGGUGGGGCGAUGAAAUUAAAACAUUCGCAGGCGCAAGUUGGAAUCAGUUGACGCAGGACAGGGUCAAUUCGAGAUCUCAGGGAGAGGCCUUCGUUCUGCAGUGGACCUAAAAUAGGAUGAUGAUGAUGAUUAUGACGAUGCUGAUGCUGAUGAUUAUGAUGUUGAUGGUGAUGAUGAUGAUGAUGGAUUUCCCUAAAUUUCAGCCUAUGGCUUCAAACGACUCUGCAACCGUGUAAAUUCGUCAUUUUCAACAAUAUACUGUGUAAUGAGUAAUUAAACAUUAUUCAAGCUGUCCGAUGGCACGAUUCCAGGAUAGAAUUUCUAAUACAGAAGCCCGACAUUAAAACCAUUACGCAACGGGCGCAUGCAUCGACAAGCGGCUUAGAACACCCUUAUUAAUUUCUCGGUGGCAAGCGAUUGCCUUGAGACGCUUUGUGCGUUUUGAUUUGGCCACCUCGACAAAAUGAACUGUUGCAAUUAGAAGCAAUUGCGUGUGUUCGCAGAUACUUCUGCACUUUGAAGACUAUAGAUUGCUCUGAAAUUUACGACAAUGAAGGCAGAUAAAGCGUGUAAUAAACAAAGCCAUUUGAAGGCAGAAGGCCGACGUUUAGGCAAAUCCACGGACUUCCCAUAAUUGCCAUGCUGGUCCAACCGCUCUCACUUCAGCUCCCUUAGACACUAGCGCCAGAGUUCCCUCUAUUAAUUAUUAUAUGAAACUGUAUGGUUCAUUAGGUGGACACCUGCAGAACACUACGCACCCCCCCCCCCCUCAGUUCCUGGCUUCGAUUAUAUGAUACCGCUGUCAUGCGGGAAGGCCCAUAUAGGUCAAACUGGGAGGUGAGCUAAAGAACGAGCACGGGAGGUAGAAAUUGUCGAUCAUUAACAGAGGCAAUGCGCAUUUGCCUGCGCUUUGACUGGCCUGCAAAUGUGAAGUACGGCUGCGUGAGCUCAGUACUCUGGGCAGAAGAAGGGAUACUACUGCUCGUGAAGCUUGGAAGCUUAUCACAUUAAAAAAAGAGGCACGGAUUGCGUCAACAACACGUCGAUCUGCUUAUUUGGUAGCGAGACACGCCUUUUUUAAUUAUCUUUUUGUUUGUUAAGAAGACGCUGUACGCAUGCGCUAUACUGUGUAUAUAUAUAUUUUCCUUUUCCGCAGUGACCCAAUAAACCAUUUGUGAGUUAGCGCC